AAAAACAAGCAAACAAAACAUUUUGUUUACCUAUCCUGCUGCUGCUGCUGUUCUGAAAUAAAUUUAAUAGAAACAGUUUUACAAUUAAGCUGCCAAUUGUGAAUUCAUACCCAUAUAAAUAGAAUUGAAUUUAAACCGUGAAACCAUCCAGAAUCCAUCGUACCAGACAGAUGACUUUUGACGUGAACAAAUACCGUUCGUUCUACGAGUGCGACGAGCACUGGGAGCUGCGGAAGAUGUUCAUGGAAGCGCACAUGGAACGGUUCAGCGAAGACGAGCUGGUUUGUCUAGCCCAGGUUUUUACCAACGUCGAGUUUCUCGGGUGCCGUUAUCCGCCGGAAACGAUGUCACUGAUAGCCGAGCUGUCCAAAGAUGUGGUGGGGUCGUACAGGGAAUCACGACAGAACAAACUGAAACGAACCUUCGUGGCUGCUUCGGAUGCUGCAGCAUCUCGGUACGCGAAAAAGUGAAAAGGACAACUGGGGCACUCAAUUUCUAAGCACUGGCUAUUUUUCUGUUUGUGGACUAGGAUUAAAAGUAAUGUGAUAAAAAAUAAACAUCUUUUCUGAAUGGAACAUCGUUUAAA